AUGCAGGGCAGACACACUGGCGUCCUGAACAGCCCUCCCUGCCCGCCUGCCAGGCGGGCCUCGGGGUGGCGGCGCCUCCAAGUCUCCUUCCUUGCCUGCUGGGUGGUAAGAGCCGGAGAGAGAUCCGAGGAGGCAUGGCCGCCCAAGAAGGGCCUCCCAGCCCGGCGAGAUACCAGCAUGUCCAGGCCUGUCCUGACGGACAGCUUCACAGACACGGGCUGCUGCCGAGGAGCAGCAAACGCCGACGGUCAGGAUGGGUGCCUGGAGACUUGCUGUAAAACGGCGCAGUACAGAAGCUGUUUGGCUGUUCACGAAGCACAAGCUGUUGUACGAAUUGAGUGCGAUUCUAGGCAGUUUAGUCCUUAG